ACCGUGGCCAGAACCAAUCCCGUCGCGUUCAAGGUUUGCGCAUCUCUUACUUGAGGAUCUCUAGCCAAUCACGAAAAACGGGGCCGUGACAUCUCUCAGGCUUCUCUCUGUUUAUACUGUGCUUCGCUCUUGUGCCAGUUGUGCCAGCUCGUGCUUCGCUCGUGUUUCAUAACCCCAAUUUUUCGGCGACUGUAGUGUGUUCAGGACUGAAAUUCUAAAAGAAAUUUCGUGAAAUCGUAGUUAAUCGUUGCUGGCUGCGUUUCAUCGUUAUUUUCUUUUACGUCAGAGACGCCCUCGAAACGACAAAUCGAUGUGAAAUUGCGGGACGCAACGUAACCUGCACGAGCCGAUGAUUGAUGUUUGAGCAAUUGGGCAACGUGUCUGUAAGGUUCGUUUCUAGAUGCACACGUGUUAAAACAUUUGGAGGAACAAACCGUUUUUGAGGAAUAUUGCUUCGGCUUAUAAGUAUGUUCGCUCAUAUUCGAAAGAGGCUAGUAUUUAAUACAGUAGUCAAGUAUGGCAAACAGAAGAGAUACAGCACGUCAGCUGUUAGCGAGGUCAGGAGCAAAGCCGAAGAAUCGGCGGAGCCGAUGUAUCCGCCUAUUGAAGACCUAAGCUGGAAAACCAAGUGGAGGAGAAAGAGAGCGUCUUGGCAUGACAAGAUCAAGGGCCUGGAAACCGUGGAAGAGAAGCUAUUCGAGUUCAACAUGCCACGUUAUUAUGGCUGGACAGCGCUGAUGCUAAAUGAACAUGUUAUACCAUACGACGCUUUGUCGCACGCACAGUAUUGUACGAGGACACACGUCGUCAAGGAAUCCGGUCUUCCGGCGUAUUACAAUAAUAUAAUUUCCAGCGAGCAAUUGGAUAGAAUGGUACAAGCGAUCAAGAGUGACGUAGAGGAUAAUAUAAUUUUUGAAUAUUGCAUGAGAAGAAGGGAACAUGAAAUGAAACCGGACAAAUUUCCAUUGGACGAACACAUUAAGGCUUUCGACAGAAAAAUAAACAUGGAAGAAAUUAUAUCUAAAGCGUUGGUUCACAGAAUUAAUAGAACAAUGCUAAUACAUCUUGCCCCGGAAAAUCAGCACUUGUUGCACACUGAAGUUGACUACGAGCCAAGAUUGGAAGCAUCUUGGUUUAUGGGUGGUAUAGAUCCCCCUGAGUAUAGAAGGAGAUUCAGAAAGUCCCGUGACUUUCUAAAGGAACAUGUUGACGAGCCCAUAGAUUUGCCUGUUUAUUAUACUGGUCAGCCUGUCAUGCACCUAAGGUAUAGGCAUCCUCUGAGAGAAAUCAUUCCCUUGAGCGAUUGUGAAAAUCCAGAUUUAGACGUACCUACAUUCAAAAUGGACCCCGAAGUAUUGACUUAUACUUUGGACAGAAAACAUUUAACUAAUAUACCCGGAUUUUGGCCUGGCGAUGAAAAUGAAUUUGGACUUUUGUCGUAUCACAAUUGCACAUACUUGCAAACAAGGCCAGAAACAUAUAAUGACACUUCUACUGCACUCACGGUACAGGCUAUAUUAGCAUCUUACAGCUGGCUAUUAUCGCAAGCCUGUUAUCAAGGUUUCUCUACUUUUAACGAUAUUACGUAUCCAUUAACCACGCAAACGGUUAUAACAAAUGGACAAUGGUGGUCAUUUUUUGUUUACCAACUCAAUACCACUUUAGUGCAUUCGCGGUACGCGGAUGAAAAUCCGAAGCGCAACAUAUGUUGGACAACAGAGCCGAUAAAAUUAUUUGAUAAAAUAGAAGGCGAGAAAGUUCACGGUUUAAAUGAAGAAGUUCUGAAAACUUUAAUUAAGUUUUACAUGAAUAUUCCCGAGGAAAGGGUAGGCGUAAACUUGAAACCGUAUUUAGGGGAAUCCGUGAAAGUAAUAGCCGACAUAGAACAUGAUGAAAGAAGAAAUUGGCUCGAAAAACAGUAUAAGCAUCUCGUAAACAACAGGCCGAGGCAUAGACUGGUACCGGAAAUAUACGAUUGGCAAAGAAUCUAUCUUAUUAAAUUUAAAACUCGUCCGAUAGAUAAGAAACGAGAACCUUGGCAAUUCGGCAUUAAUAUGUUCAAACGUAGAUUAGACGAUCAUAAACCACCCUAUAUACCGAGACGUUUACGAGAGAAUCCCAAAAAGAGAAAAAUAGGACGAUGGGCGAGAAUGUACUACCCAUAAUUAGAAAUACAUAUAAUUAUCAUGCCGAGUAUACAAAUACAUCAAUUGUGAAAAACAAUUGUUGAUUGUAUUAUAAUAUCUAUGUAUAAUUUUGAUUAACAAACAAUCCAGUUUUCUUUGUCAAAA